CUAAGAAAUGGGCUCAACAUUCACAUCCGGUCUGAAGCCCCAGGAGCAUCCCAUUCCAGAUUGAUUCCCCCCUCCCUCCAUCGGCUUGGGAGUUUUUUGCUGUUCGACGAUCGAUUCGCCGUUCUUCCCCAUCCGACCUGAAGUUUUAAUCAUUAUUUGCGUAAAAGAACUAUGCCUCCAAAAGCAAAAAAGCCGCUAGCUGGUCCCGGAAUGAAGAGAAAGUCUUGUGUCACUCGGGCUGCAUCCAGAGUCCAGCCACAACCGCCUGGCAAACUUUUGAAGGCAGACCAAGCUAGAGAGACUGAGAAAACAACAGUGGAGCUUAAAGAGGUGGUGAAUAUUGAAGAAAACACUCAGCCCAUUGUGCAUAAGUCAUUGCCUCUUGGUACUGAUGAAGAUCCCAAGGAGGAACAAAACUAUGAGGCAUGCAGGUCCCUCUCUAAUAAGAAGGAGUUUGAACAAAAGGAGUCGGUUGAUGAAUAUGAGAAAGGUGAAAAGUUAGAUUUGGAGGACAAUGAUCCUGAAUAUGAAACUGAAGAAAAUGUUGGUGUUGAUUAUGAAGAAAGGGGAAGUGAACAUGAUGACGAUUUAGAAGAGGGUGAUGAGAUGGAAGAUAAUGAGGAGGAAUAUGUUUGUGAUGAGGAGGAAGGUGAUAUUGUUGAGGAGGAGGUUGAAGAUGUAAAUGAGGACCUUGAGGGAGCGGAAGAUGAAGAACAAGACGGUGAGGAACACGCUGAAAUGGUUGAUGCAGCUGAGGAGGAAGAACAUCAUGAAGUGGUCAAAGAAAGACGCAAACGUAAGGAGUUUGAAAUUUUUAUUGGUGGCUUGGACAAGGGUGCUACCGAAGAUGAUCUUAGAAAGGUCUUUAGUCAAGUUGGUGAGAUUACCGAAGUGAGGCUUAUGAUGAACUCUCAGACCAAGAAGAAUAAGGGAUUUGCUUUUCUGCAAUUUGCAACAGUAGAACAAGCCAAGCGUGCUUGUACAGAGCUAAAAAAUCCACUGGUUAAUGGAAAAGAGUGUGGUGUAACUCCAAGUCAAGACAGUGACACACUCUUUCUAGGUAACAUAUGCAAAACAUGGACAAAGGAAGCUUUGAAUGAAAAGUUGAAGCUCUAUGGCAUUGAGAACAUUGAUGAUUUGACAUUAGUGGAGGACUCAAAUAACGUAGGAACAAAUCGAGGUUUUGCGUUCCUGGAAUUCUCUUCUCGUUCAGAUGCCAUGGAUGCUUUUAAACGUCUUCAGAAGAGAAAUGUUUUUUUUGGACUUGACAUGCCUGCCAAGGUUUCCUUUGCAGAUUCAUUCAUUGACCCGGGUGAUGAAAUUAUGGCUAAGGUCAAAACGGUCUUUAUAGAUGGUCUCUCAUCCCAUUGGGAUGAGGCCAACAUGUCUGAACUUCUCAAAAAAUACGGAAAGAUAGAAAAGAUUGAGCUUGCUCGUAACAUGCCAUCUGCCAAGAGAAAGGAUUUUGGUUUUGUCACAUUUGAUUCACAUGAUGCUGCAGUUACUUGUGCUAAAUCCAUUAAUAACUCGGUGCUAGGAGAAGGAGAUAGUAAGGUUAAGGUUCGAGCUAGAUUAUCAAGGCCCCUUUACAGAGGCAGGGGUGAUUCACACGGAGAUAUGAGGCCUCGCCACAGGCCAGCACGAGUGCCUAGGGCCCCAUGGGGGCGCUCAUUGCCACAUAAUCUCCCCAUUCAUGGACGAAGAGUUGGUCCACGUAGGCCACCUUUGGUUGAUCGCAGCAUUAAACGAUCCACUGGUUACAGAGAUAGAAGAGCAGCCAUUGCUGUCCCACCCAGGAGCAGGCCUGUUGCACCUCCGCCAAGCAGGCCGUAUGAGAGGAGACCGCCUGGUCAUGCAUAUCCAAGAAGUAGUUCUAAGAGAGAGUAUGGUAGCAGAGCCACAAUGGAUUAUGCUCCCAGAGUACCUUCUGACAGACGCUCAUCCUAUAGAGAUGAAUAUGAUCCCCAUGGAUCUGGCUAUCCUGAUUUUCCAGGAGGAGCAUCCAGGAGUGCAUUAAGGAGAGCAUAUGUUGAUGAUGACUACGAGCAGAGGUUUGAAAGACUACCUCCAGUGUACCGUGACAGCCGUGCUCGGGAAUAUGACUCUAUAUCUGGCUCAAAACGUGCAUAUGCUGCAAUGCAGGAUGAUGUUCCUCCUCGAUAUGUUGAGGCAGGAGUUCGCCGUUCUCGUGCACAUUUAGAUUAUGAAUAUGGAGGACGCAGUGCUUCUCAAUACGGGGGUUCCUAUGGUGACAGACCUGGAAGGCCUCCUAUUGGAUAUGGCGGAAGCAGAAGUUCUAUGUCUCAUCAAGAUUCUCAUGGACUUUAUAGUAGUCGCCAUGGCAUGGGUUAUGACAGAGGUUCUUAUGGUGGUAGUGCGGUUGGUGGAAUGUAUGCUUCGGGCAAUGGUGGUGAUUACAUGUCUCACGGCAGUGAUGUGGGUGGCAGCUCUUAUUCGUCACUCUAUUCUAGUCGUGAUCUGGGUGGAGGUGGCUAUAUGGGCGGCGGUGGUUCUAGAUCUUAUUACUGAGGUGAGUAAUACUUUGUAGUCUACGCUAUUUUCAUUAAACUGCUUAGGUAGUGGCAUAUGUUAUGAACAGGUAGACUUCCUUCCUACCUUUCUCACCCUCUUCAUCCCCACCUUCCCCACAAAUGUUUCACAAAUGAGCCUAUGCAUCUCCCCUUUUAGCGAAGCAAGCUCUUAUGGAAAUCUGGUUUCUAGAAGUCAUAUACUCUGUUUCUUCCUCCUGAGAACCAUCGUUGAGGAAUGGAAUUAGCAGUUUGGUCACAUGCCAAUUUGUUCCCCAUACAGAUUUUGAAUGGACAAAGAGGCUGCAUGGAAUGCACUACGCGCUUGAAAGCCAGGCCAUUUUGGAUUGGGAUGAUGUCAAGCAAGUAAAAAGCCUCUAUAACUGCAGUUUGAUGACAAGAUAUGUUGUAUAAGGAGAUUUGGAGUUCUAGUGUGUUAAGAUUUGGAGGGCUCGUAAUUUUAUGCUUUUAGGAAACUUGAGAUUUAUUAGACUUACACUGCUGAACAUCCAGCUUUUAUAGUUAAUUUUCCUUUUAAGUACCUUUUGGAACCCAUGUAAGAGCUUGUUUGAAUAAAUGGAACAGUAUUGAAGUUGCAAGUUUAUCUUAUCCUGUGCUUAAGUCCUUGUGAACUAAGGAAGACUAUUGGAAGGGGAAAUUGCUAAAGUCGCCCUUCACCAUGGCCUUCCUAUAGACAUUCACUAACAUUGAACAACGGGUGUCUAUGGAUGUCUUUGAGAAGGUUGGGUGCCCCUAGCAUGGUCCAUUGGAAGAAUUGUGAAUCCCAUGCAUCCAUCGUGUUUCUUGACAUUAAUGGGUUCCAAGAACAAGGUAUUGAACAGGAACGCAAAAGAAGCUCUCACGGGAAGGUGUAGUCUGCUAUGAAAUAUGGAUUU